GACUCGCCAGGCCUGGAGAUGGUGGGGAACUGUUCCUGGGAGGCCCAUCCAGGCAGCCGGAGUAAGCUGUGUCCUGACGUGAGUGAGGCCCCCGAGCUGUACAUCCGCGGCUUCCUGACCAUCGAACAGAUCACCAUGCUGCCGCCGCCCGCCGUCAUGAACUACAUCUUCCUGCUCCUCUGUCUGUGCGGCCUGGUGGGCAACGGGCUGGUCCUCUGGUUUUUCGGCUUCUCCAUCAAGCGGAGCCCCUUCUCCGUGUACUUCCUGCACCUGGCCGGCGCCGACGUCGGCUACCUCUUCAGCAAGGCUGUGUUCUCCGUCCUGAACACAGGCGGCUUCGUGGGCACGUUCGCCGACUACGUCCGCGCCGUGACCAGGGUCGUGGGGCUCUGCACGUUCGUGGCCGGCGUGAGCCUCCUGCCCGCCGUGAGCUCGGAGCGCUGCCUGUGCGUCGUCUUCCCCGUCUGGUACUGGCGCCGCCGGCCCAAGCGCCUGUCGGCCGUGGUGUGCACCCUGCUCUGGACCCUGUCGCUCCUGGUCACCUGGUUCCACCACUACUGCUGCGUGUUCCUGGCCCUGCGGGGCUCCGGCAGCGCCUGUGGGCGCAUGGACACCCUGCUGGGCAUCCUGCUGUUUCUCGUCUUCUGCCCGCUCAUGGUGCUGCCCUGCCUGCUGCUCAUCCUGCACGUGGAGUGCCGGGCCGGGCGGCGCCAGCGCUCUGCCAAGCUCAACCACGUCAUCCUGGCCAUGGUGUCCGUGUUUCUCGUGUCCUCCAUCUACCUGGGGAUCGACUGGUUCCUCUUCUGGGUCUUCCAGAUCCCGGCCCCCUUCCCUGAGUACGUCACCGACCUCUGCAUCUGCAUCCACAGCAGCGCCAAGCCUGUCGUCUACUUCCUGGCGGGGAGGGACAAGUCCCAGCGGCUGUGGGAGCCUCUCCGGGUGGUCUUCCAGCGGGCCCUGCGGGAUGGUGCUGAGCUGGGGGAAGCCGGGGGCGGCACGCCCAACACGGUCACCAUGGAGAUGCAGUGCCCCACCGGGAACGCGUCCUGAGAGGCCGGUGCCGGCUGGGCGGCAGGGGCCACUGCCACACUGCCCAAGUGCAAGGAGAAAGGUCUGCUCUGGCUCCUCGUGCCUCCUUCUCCGUGGGCUGGAGGCUCUGGGGUGGCUGGCUGGGAGACCGAGCAGCCACCUACAUGCAGGCCCCCUGGCCAGGACAGGCUUCCCCCGCCAUUCUCCUCCAUGGCCAGAAGCUGGUCGGGAAAGGAGGGGACAGAGGGGUCACCCAGCCCCAUCCCCCUCCUACCCCUUUCAAUCAGGCCUCCUUGAAAACAAUGUAGCCAUCACCACUGUCCCCCUUCGGGGCUGUAGCUUUGCCCCCGUCAGGGCACCUGUUCUCUCCGUUCCGCCCCCUCAAGGCAGUAUUGGCCAGCCAGCCUGAACGUGAAGGUGCUAUCUGGAAGAGAGUCCUGGCUAACCUGCCUUGUAGUUCCAUCCUUCUGCACCCAACAUCCCUGCCCUGAAUCCUUUGGUGACUUUAAUGGGGGAGUUUCCGAUCAUGGCAAGCAGCUAGAUGGGAAGCGGCCUCGGGCAGCUGGAGCAGGUCAAUCUCAUUUCCGGCUCCCUGCAGGCCAGCCCCUGGGCAGCCUCCCAGAGCACAGCAUGUCCAUGCUGCUGUGCACCUGGUCCUCGAACCUCGGCCCACUGUCCAGGAGUCUCUGGGCUCCAGUCCCCACCCAGGAGUGGGCCCUGGCUCUACCUGGCCACCCCAGCCCACCUCCAAGCACAAGGGCCCCAC